AUGGUUGUUCAGUCCACGACAAACUACAAUUACACGGCAGCCACCAAAGGGCUCAUGCAAUUUUUGCGGUACAACAAUAACUACCCAGCUGAAGGAACUGGUAUCCAACAAUUGGCUAGUCAAGGCCACAAUCUCCUUGGUAGUGAGCUUCCUCUAGAGUUCCUUCGCUACCAAGUUGGGUAUCAGAUCAACUUAAUAGGUAGCUACCCCACUGACGAGGAUGUUGUACCAAGCGCUAUUUUUGUUGCAGCAUUUGCCAUAUUAUUGGUGUUGCACUUGAUCAUUUUCGUGAUCAAUUGUUCUAGACAUCAUUAUUUCUGGGUCUCGCUUGGUUGGGUAUUCUACUGUAUCCUCCGGUGCCUUGGUUUUGGAUUGAGAAUUCCAUUUGGGCAGGAUGUCACUCGUGUCCCCACAGGAAUCGCUAGUGAAGUGCUUUUAAUUCUUCCUUCUAUCGUGUUGGUCUCGUUCAACUUGAUUUUAGCGCAACGUAUUUUCACCUGGCGACACCCCGUUGGUGGCUCCAGAAAGUUGUUCUGGGGUUUCAUGAUAACGUUGUAUGUGUUUGUCAUUGGGAUCAUAGGAAUGACUAUUGCUUGUGCUGCCAUUCCUUAUGUGCACUUUCUUUCAGAAGGGGUAUAUGCCUCCUACUUGAAGGUGGUGCAAGCCUCAGCAGUCUUGAUUUUAGCGUACUCUUUAACAUCGAUUUCUUUGAUUGGGCUUGCCUAUUUUUUCAAACCAACUAGGAAAGAUGAAAACUUAUACACUUAUCAACCCUGGUGGAUUGAAUCAUUUAGCCCAUUCUAUUUCGUCAAAAAGGGUGCAGUGUAUGAGGCGGAGGAGACGUUUAUGAAACGUAACCACAAUCAUAGGCAUGCUAUUCGUGUCAUAGCUGCCACUCAUCACCACUACAAUAUGGUGGAAGGCCUUACGAACCAAAGAGGUGAUUUGACACAUAAUUACUCGUUGGGACUAAUUGCCAUCACCACCCUUUUCAUUUUUGUUAGUGCGUUAUGCCGCCUCAUUGUGUGCUUUCAAAACCGGUACACGCGUGAUCAGAGUCCACUUUGCGAUCCCGUGGCAAUGUAUAUUUUGUGGGGUGCCAUGGAGGUUAUAAUCAACAUCCUUUAUAUCAUAGGAAGAGUUGAUUUGCGUUUCUACCGUCCAGACAUCUUGCCUGCCAAGGUUCGCGCUAUUAUUACUGCGCAACAGUCUAUCGAGCAGAGUGAUGCUAGUAGCGAGUUUGAGCAGUACUCCUCGGAAGACGAGGUUUCCGAUAGCGAAUCUAGUGAAGGCUUCGAUUUGACCCCCGGGACAAAGAAGGAGGGCUUCGUGAAGGAUGCCAAGGCCCUUGAGUCAGACGACGACGAGGAUUUCCACUUUUAG